AUACCUCCAUUAUAACUUUGUUGCGGCCGUCCUAAACGAUUUGUUUGGCAUUCAAGCUAGGGGUGGCUGCGCUUGUGCUGGACCGUAUGCGGAAACCAUUCUCGGUCUCAGUGCUGAAAACGCCACCAAGUUCGAAGAAGCUGUCGGUAG